AUGGGGUCUCAACGUCUGAGUCUGACUUUAUUAGUCGUUGCAGCUUUUACUGCGCAAUCUUUUGCGUUACCUCAAUUUGCUAGUCGAAUUGGAGCGCGUUCUGGUGUUGAAUUUUCUAGUAACCCACACUUUGAAGCGCGAGCCACAAACGGCUUGCUUGGGGAUGUGACGGCCAUUAUCAAUGCUAUUCCCACUAGCUUCAACUUGGCACCUGUUGUCAGCGUAGGAAGAAAAGUUAUCCCGGAUGCUGCUCAUCCAUUCAUGCCACCUGGUCCUACUGACGUUAGAGGCGGAUGUCCAGGGUUAAAUUUGUUAGCCAAUUACGGAUAUCUUCCUAGGAACGGGAUCACCGAUAUGACCACAUUGCUGUACGCGUCCGAAGAAGGCUUAGGCAUGGCACCAGACUUUGCUUUGAUUUUGGUGGCCUUUGCUUUAAAGACAUGCGUAGAUUUGACAACCCUAAAGAUGUCUAUCGGUGACACAGAUGCUAGAACCGAUGGCCCGUUGACCCCUUUGUUGGGAAGAGCACCCGGAUUAUUCUCCCCUGCAACGCACAACGAAUAUGAAGAGGAUGAAUAUAAUGGGACAAUGCCUCUUGAGUGGAAUGGAGAUGUUAGGUUCAUGGAGUACAAUCUGUGUCGCAAUUUGAAUCCUCAAUGUCAUUGGGCUGUCGUUGACCAACUUGCGUUCUAUAUGGCCCAAGCUUUGGUUCCAUCUAUCAUGCCAUCGUCUGGACCGAAUGGAUUACCCGGACCACCAUUGGCGGAUUCUAUCAACGAGUUCAUGGGAAUAGUCAAACACUCGGAUGGAACUUUUACUCGUGGGAAUGAACGUUUGCCUCAUGGUCCAGAGGGUGUCUGGUUUAGAAGAACUGUACCCCUUACAGGGGCCGAGUUCGCUGCUAAUGGUGCUGCCACGCUGGCUCAACAUCCGGUCCAAUUCGGUUCUAAUGGUGGAACACUCGGAAAUUGGAAUGCUGACCCAACUCACCUGCCCAACGUGAUCGCCGGUCCUGAACUCGCCUGUACAUUAUUGAAAUCGGCUCUUGAUCCCACUGGGACUAGAUUUCAAGGAGUUGCUCAAACUUCACUCAACACCUUGCUUAAAUUCGUUUUAGCGCCUGUCCAAAAUCAAUUAGGUUGUUAG